AUGUGGCGUGAGUUUACAGCACGUGGAAAUUACAAAUGGAUCGAUAUACUUGAAGACUUAAUCGAUAAUUGUAACCACACGAAACAUCGAACGAUAAAAAUAAAACCUGACAAUGUAACUGUUGGUAAUGAAAAACAUGUACUUCAGACAAUUUACAAACCUCUUCAAAGUGAACAGGCGCGAAAACAAAAUAAAUUCAAAGUUGGAGAUAAAGUUCGAGAUCAACCGAUAGAAGAAAGAUUUUAUGCAGAAGAACUCAGUAAAGUCAAGUAUCCAGAUGUAUAUCUAGUUGAGAAAAUAAUUAAAAAGCAUGGAAGUAAAAUGUAUGUUAAAUGGUUAGGAUUUGAUAAUUCACAUAAUAGCUGGAUUAAUAAGUCUGAUUUAUAA